AUGGCAUCUAGAGCGUGGGUGCUGCCCCUGCUGCUUCUACUCACAAGGCCAGGAGCUACAGCCGCGAAGGAGCUCUUGAAGGGCAUCAGCUAUGGUCCUGCUCCUUUGAAGAAAGCUGGCAAGUUGCCCAACGAUGACUUCAUGUCGACUUCAGCCAAGGCCCAGUGGAGUACCUCUGGGCGAGGAGAUCUGCAUAUCAUUAAAAGACUGGGCGCCAAUGCAGUGCGUCUGUAUGGCAAUGAUCCUCGGGAGGAUCACACGCCUUUCUUGGAUGAAGCUGUAGUGCAGGGUUUGCAGGUCAUUCCUGGGAUGAGCGAUUAUCCCUACACACAGAUGCCCAAGAACUGUAUGACGACGGACUUCAACUGCUAUUCGCAGAUCAAGGAACAGUACAAAAGUAUGUUGCAGAACGGCUUUGCUAAAGAUGGUGCAUACCACGGAGCACUCAAGACCAUCAUAGUGAUCAACGAGCCAGAUCUCAAGAUUCCUGGCAUUUCCAAGCCCACUGAGUUCUGCAGGGCCAUUGUGAGUGCCAUUGACGGUAUGAUCGAUGCGGAAAAGGAAACGGACACCAAGUCCAACUUGAUAAACUUCACCGCGACCUUCUCCUUCGGCCAGUGCACGGCUUGCAAAGGAUCCAGCAAACCUGCUCUUGGCCAGAUGAUGGAGUUACGGAGUGCCAUGGAGAAACCGGAGGAUGUUGGCUACGAGGCCAACAACAAUUUGGCCGAGGUGUACAAGACCAGGUUUACCAACAGCUUCAAUACUGCAAACCCCGCGAACGACAUGAAGCCCUUGUUCCUCAAUGACUACGAGGCCAACUUUGACAGCACCCCUGUGUUUAUUGGCGAGUACCACUCCACUCAUGUGAGCACCAAGAAGGACAUCCAUGAUGUGAUAGAAGUUGCCAAGAACAGCGACGCAUUAGUUGGAGUUAGUUUCUUUGAGUUCCAAGUGCGGUAUGACAAGGGCGGAACAGAGAUGGACUUUGGCAUGUUUGGACUCGGGCAGAUCUCGCUUGCGGAGAUGAACUUCUUUGGUGUGGAGUUCCCUGUUUGGUGUUUGAUGAAGAUCCAGGACGCGAAAGAUCCUGGCAACACCAUCGCGGAUUCUCUGACUGUAGGCUUUGAAGGUGAAGGAAUCCCUGACGACCAGUUGUGCGUGAUCGAUCCCAAGAAGGUUCCUUUGUCCGAAGAUGGCUACCAGGCCAUACUCUCAACCAAGAGCGUGAAUAAGAUGGCAGACUUUGUGCGUCGUGUGAUCUGGCACAUGGGAGGUGACGUGGAAGAUGACAAAGCUCUCGUGAAUUUUGCUACGAAGUACGCCAAACAGACGCUGGAGGUCACAGUGCGUAGGUUGAGCGGUCUGAGCUUUGCUUCCAUGGUCGAUGAACUUGGUCAGCAUCCAUCAUGGGUCCUGUGGGAUGCAAUGGCCGCAUGCGUUGCUGACCGAUCUGCCGAUCAGGAUACUGUUGGAGAGGCCAUCGGCUGGACUUGUGGGAACUUUCACUCCUUCAACUGCAGCGACCUGCCCAGCUUUUGCAGCGAGGACGUGUGGGCACAUGCCGACUAUGUGUUUAGCUUGUAUUUCGCGGUCGAGACGGACCACAGCUCUCCGCUGGAACACUGCAACUUUGGUGGGGCAGCCAUGUUCGCGCCAUCGAAAGUAUACAGAAGUCAGGAUUCCGCAUGUAUCGUCACCAAGGAUCCAGCAACCACUGCACUGUCUGAAGAAGGUUACCAGAUGAUUCUGCAAUUCCAUGAUACCGACAAGGCAGCCGUCUUUAUUCAGCGAGAAGUCGAGGACCUGAAGAUGAAGGUUGCCAACAAGUCAGCUCUGACGAACUUCGCCAUGAAGCCUCCAGCCCACUUUAAAGAUCUGAAGGAGCAACUCCCUCAGGUUCCCUGGGUGUGUGGUGGUCCAUCAGGACGGAAUUGUCCUUUUCCUGUCAACCCCACCGACGGUGGCGGUGGUGGCUGGGUGGUAGGCCUCAUCAUCUGCAUCGUCCUGCUGUUUGCCGCUAUCCUGGCUGCGCUGUACGUGAGACGCAAGCGACAGAUGGCGGCGCGCGACCGAGAAGUCGACGUCGAUAGGUCGGUACAAGUGGAGCUUGCGUGA